AUGACUUCUGCCACCACAAUCACCACGCAGCCGACUACAUCUCGUUCUAUUCCAUUCGAGCUCCAACUCGAUAUCCUAGGUUAUCUUUUUACUUUAGGAAGAGAGAACACCAGCGUCAAUCUCUCUAACUUUGCCGCAGUUUCCAAAUCUUGGCAAUUUAUCGUCGAACGGGAACUAUUUCGAAGUCUGACAGUGAACCUCAAGAACCUGAAGGAAUUCACUUCUUACUCGAAAGGCCGCACACAUCUAGUCAAGCACAUUCUGCUUGAAAUCUUCCUUUGCAAGGGAAAAACAUUCGACGCGGAAAACAGUUUUGACUUCAAUGAAACAUGCUUUACCAAAGCAAUUCAGAGUUUCUUUAAUGUCCUUUCGCAGUGGGAUGGUCAUGGUAUCACCUUCGAGCUUGGUCUAGUCUCGCCUAUCCAAGCAAGGCCUGCAUCCGCGGCAACUCCCCAAAAUCAUUCAAUGUCCGUCUCACCACGGAAGCGAUCGCCAGACCUCCUUAAAAAACACAUGCGAGUAUUUGAGCUCCCUGAUGACAUAUUCUUCGGCGGUCGUUGGGAGGACUCGGAAUCCGCAUGGCACUCUAACGCAACGGAAUUGCUCGGCCUCAAGCCUCUCAAAUUCCAGGGUCGGGUGCCACCUUUGAUACCCAAGUAUGUCCACGUUGAGCGUUGGUGUUUUACAGACCCAGGAGACAUGUAUUAUAAUUAUGAUUUCGUGUUGCCCCCCUCAACCAAAGACUUUUCGUUUUACAACGAAAAGGAUACUCCUUAUCACCGUCGUCCGACAGCAGUGAGGAUGGGCGCUGAUGGCGCAAACUUACUCCCCGUUUUCAGAGGCAACCUGGAAAAUUUGGCGAUAUCAUUCGUUUUCGAUGCGAUGUACAUCUUCUUCUCUCGUCACAAUAUCGGGUAUAAGAUAUUGAAGACGCUUGCCUUGACCUCAAGUCGUUUACUUUUGAACGGACACGAUUGGCGCGAUGAGAUGUUGUGUCACGCGGCAGAAAUGGCAAAGGAAAUGCCCAAGCUCGAGAUUCUUGAAUGCUGGUAUUACCAGACAUCGUACCAAAGACCACCGCAGGGCAAGUCAUCUCGUGUUGCUAUUUUCACGUAUCGGAGGAUUGAUCGACGCACCAGCUGCAUAAGCUGGAAGUCUACUUCGUCUUUCAUGAUGUCAGAGAAAACACAGACGCUCUGGAAAGAAGUUGUGGAUGUCGAGGACGCAAAUUUCUCAGUGGAGCACUUGACAUUAGAUCCUAAUCUGAUGUCGAGUGUCGGUGCGAUUCAUGAUCAUCUGGCAUUGAAGGAAAGGAUUCUACACAACACUACAUGGAGCCAAGUAUAG